AAGAAAAAAAGGAAGAAAAACGAAGCCCAGCAACAUCACGAGCUACUCUCAGCGACGCGCGCGACCGUCUCAGAGGCUCCGUCAAAGCCCAUUGUUAUUCGAUGUCGCUACCAAGCCUCGGCAUGGCACGUUUGGCCACAUCGCUAUGUUCAUCAAUCCUGUUGAACGCACCGGAAAAUUGUGCUGUGGCCCCGCGGCGCCUUGAGUGUUAGUAGCGAAGUCUGGUCCUUCAAAUCGUAGCGCCAUGCCUGCAAAACGGAAAACACAGGGGAAGGCCAACGUGACCGAAGCAUCGCCAUCGAAUGAUUGGACGGAAAAGCCAAUCACCGUCCCCGAACUGCAGCGAUAUUUUCGCAAGCACGGCGUCUGUGUCACGAAGCCAUGCACUACGCCUUGUUGGAUUGCGACGAAUCUAACACUCUGGAACAGUAUUCUUCAUGUCGCCGGACUGGAACUACGUGAACACUUGCACGGUAGGCUGACACUGACAACUUUUCAGAGCUGCGAUCUGAAUACGAAUCCGCAUCGUGAUGUUUGUGCGUACGUUGUACUGAAACUGCUGAAAGGCCACCCAUGCAUUGAAGCUGUAGAACUCCAGUACGAAGGUCAGCUUCUCGAGUCUAUUCGAGCCAAGAGUCCUUUGACUUCGAAAUUUAGUGUGGACGCAUUCUCGUUGACCGGCCGCCAUAUCAAUAAGCUCGAAGCAAGUAAACUAAUUCGCGCGGCGACCCGAGGAAACGUCAGUCAUAUCAGCAUCAAGGGAAUUCGUUUGACCUACGAUGACAUCGACUUCCUUUCUGUGAAUGUCGCGAGGAAUGCUGGUUUGAAUACCAUUAGUCUCUGUGAAACCGGACUAAGGGGUUGUGAUUCAAUGGUGCUUGUUAGAUCCCUGAACGCUAACGUGACUGUAACGGUACUAGACUUGUCCUGGAACAUGGUUGGAGUGCGCGGCGCGCAACAGCUUUCCCUUGUUCUGAAGGGCAACACGGUCUUACAGAAAUUGAUCUUGUAUAGGGCAAAGAUUCGCAACAAGGGUGCUAUGGCCAUAGCGUCGGCACUGAAAAUCAACAACACGCUCGUAACACUGUCACUAGGACAAAACGACAUCGGCCCCACGGCAGCAGCAGUGUUCGGAGAGGCCUUGGAAAUAAACGAGAGCUUGAAGUACUUAGAUCUGAAAAAUAACGAAAUAUGCGGUAGUGGAGCUGUUAUGUUGGCAAACAUGCUACGAGUCAACAGCACGUUGAAGGAACUACAUUUGUGCGAAAACAUGAUAGGAGACGUGGGCACGGUUGCCCUUGGCAACGCGCUCUGCGUUAACAGUACCCUCCAGACACUCUCUCUGUCCGCGAACGAGUUCAACUACAGCGGUUCCAGUGCUCUCGCCCAGUGCGUGGAAAAGAACAGCUCAUUGACUCGUCUGAAUGUUGUAAGCAAGCACCCCUUCGUCAUAAACUCUCACCUGACAUCUUUCAUUGAGGCUCUGAAGAACAACCGCCACUUGCAAGGGCUAGAGCUGUCGGUCAAAUGCGAGGACGCGAUGCAGGAGCUGCCUGCCGCUCUAAUGAUGAACACAUCUCUGCGCGAACUGAGCAUUCAUUCUGACUGCGGUAGCCUUGAAGCCUUGUUCCUUGCCCUGGCAAAGAACCGCACCUUGGAAGCAUUAGAAUUGGACUGCAGCCUGUGUCUUCACUCUGUCGAAGCGCUUUGUUGGCUGUUCGAAUGCACAAAAACAAUACGAUACGUAACAAUUGCAUGGCAUGUGACUAGUGGUUGCCUGGAACAGGUCAUGUGUGGCUUGGAGAAGAACACAAGCGUCAUGAAAUUUCGAACAGUAUUGUCGUCAAUGCUAAUGGGAGAGAGUGCUGUCUCGUCGAUAACGUCCAUGCUCAGGGCGAACAAGACACUGAGCGCGUUGGUGAUUGACCGAGGGGGUAUGAGUGAAGCUGGCCUUUCGGAAGUCGUUGACGCCCUGGAACAGAAUCGUUCACUGUUAUCCCUUACGAUGGUGUAUCCCCCGAUAAGUAAGGAAGCAUUCAAAGUCAAAGAAGCCCUAAGGAAAAACUGGACGUACCUUCACCGUGCGGCGAAGUUCGCAGUGUUGGAAGUAACGGAUAAGUGCUCAGCGGAGGCAUUCGAAUUCCACAGAAACAGCGAGAUUUUGUUCUCCGAACUAACGGCUAGCAUGGGACUGUCAGACGCAGAAGCUGAGAAAGCAAUUCACAAAGCGAAAAUGUACAUCCGUAACAACUAUUUUGUGGUAUGCGGUGUCGUGAAAACAUCGGUGGUUUGUACACAGCCAUCACCGAAUAGGUUACAAACCUUGCUUCAUCAUGUCAACCCGUACUGCUUGUUGGAGAUCGUGUCUUACCUUAAGGUGUCUGAUGUGUUACUUCCCUGAAGCAAGCGCAUUGUGCAAUUGUGGAUGGAAGGCCACCCACAUACUGUGUAUUGUUUUAACGUUUAUUUCCUAGCUGCGGUGUGAAAACCUAUGUAUAAUAUUUACCAAGUCUGGAAACAGACAGAACUUCAUUUUGUAGCGUAUGGUCUGCUACAUUGUGUACUUUUUGUUCAACAAGAGAUGCCGAAUAAAUUUACGCAGCCCA